CUGAUUGGCUGAAGCUCUCAAUGCACUGUCAGGGCGAGCCAAUCCCCAGGCUCUGCCCGCAAGGCCCUGUCUCCACCGUGAUCCGAAGGAGCAGGGACUGGAGGCCUCUGCAGCGGUCACCCAGCCCCGCACCGAGUCCCGUGAGUGCGUCCCGCGGCGGGGAGGGUGCGUGGGCGCGGCCACGUGGCUGGCGAGGCCGUACUGGGCGCCGGGACUCUGGGCUCUCCUGCAGCCCCUGGGGUGACAGGUCUGGUCUCCCAGAGGGCUGCGCUUCUUCCUGCUUGGCCUCUCAACCUUUAACCCUUCUACCUAGAAGUUUCUUCCAACACAUUCAAAGUCUACGUCCAACAGAGGAGACCCAGAAAGAGGUCAAGAUGGGGUUUAUAUUUUCAAAGUCUAUGAAUGAAAACAUGAAAAAUCAGCAGGAGUUCAUGCUCAUGAAUGCUCGACUUCAGCUGGAGAGGCAGCUGAUGAUGCAGAACGAGAUGAGAGAAAGACAAAUGGCUAUGCAGAUCGCCUGGUCUCGAGAAUUCCUCAAAUAUUUUGGAACUUUUUUUGGCAUUGCAACCAUCUCUUUAACAGCUGGAGCAAUAAAGCGAAAGAAGCCAGCCCUCCUCAUCCCUAUAGUUCCGUUAAGCUUUGUCUUCACCUACCAGUAUGACUUGGGCUAUGGAACUCUUCUACAAAGAAUGAAAAGUGAAGCUGAAGGCAUACUGGAAACAGAAAAGAAUAAGUUGGAGCUGCCAAAAGGAAUGAUCACUUUUGAAGGCCUUGAAAAAGCCAGAAGGGAACAGAGUAAAUUCUUCAUAGAGAAAUGAAGCUAUGUUUACCCACCACAUCACGAAGCACAGAAUCGUUGGCUUGAAUCGUGGUUUUUACAGUUUUUUAAAUGGUCGAGAUUUUGAUAUAAUGGAUUUUAUUUUAAAAUAUUAAAAUACAAACUGAGUUUGUUGAACUAUUUUAAAACAAAAUUUAUAACACAGCAUCAUGGAGGUAUUCUAACUAACAUUCAACUUUCCUCUACAUAUGUGAUUUUACAAUUUUCUUAAUGUAAAAUUAAUAAAUUAUAUUGCUCUGCA